AUGAUUAAAUUUGGGAUUAAAGCUGAAUCAUUAUCGUCUAUUAAUCUUAUUCCGAAAAUUAUUGCGAAUGCUCGAUUUGUUCAAGAAAAUUUUCUUGAUUUCAAUAUGGAAUUCAAUCAAACAUUGCCAUGGAUAAAACUCGAUCUUAAACUCAACUCUAAUGAAUCGAAUUGUAGUCGAGAUAUCGCAUUAUUAACUAGAGAUCUCGUUACUAAACAAACUUGGGCAUUGAAAACAUUGGAUGCUUGGGGAAAAGUUCCUAGCGGAAUCAUGCAAGGCAACAUCUUUUGGAUAGGUUCAACAUAUGAAUGUGAACAUCAUCUCCGUGGUUUAAAUAAUACCGUUGUUGAACAACCAAUUCGAACACGUACGUGUAUUAUUAGCAGUACUCAAUCAAUUACUGUUCGACCUAUCUAUGGCAUUUGUGUACCUCAAAGUUGUAAUGAAAACGAACUAAUCAAUUACAUUAAUCAACGUGCUAUUCAAAUUCCAUUUAUUAAAAACUUCAUUAAUUUAAAAAAUGGUAGUAUGCAUUGCCUUGAUCAACGUUCCUAUGAUACAAAAGCAAUUUUAACAAUUGUAACUUUGAGUGUGAUUGCGUUUCUCAUUCUUGUGGCUACUGGAAUGCAUAUUGCAUAUAGACAUAGACAUGUUUUGAAAAUGGAUGAAACACCUGCGACGACUUAUGAACCAAUAUUAAGUCGAACAACAACAGCGGUUAGUACGUCUCAAACGCAACGUUCAGACAAUGAACAAGAAAAUGAAGCAACACCGUUAAUUGCUCGACCUCAGCAAGCUGGUGAUUCAAUGGCACAAAAUUUAGUUAGCUGUUGUUCAUUAAUGAGUAGUUGUUCAAUAUUAAAUCGCGAACAUCAACCUAAAAUAUUAUCGUGUUUAAAUGGUAUUCGUGUUCUUUCGCUUUGGUGGAUUAUUAUUGGUCAUACAUUUCUCUAUGCGGCUUAUUAUUCGGAUAAUGUACUAACUAUUUUCAAUUGGUCACGUCAACUUUGGUUUCAAAUAAUUGUACAAGGAGUAUUGAGUGUCGAUUCAUUUUUUGUCUUAAGCGGUCUACUCACUACAUUCAUUUUUUUUAUGACGAAAGUCGAAAAUGAGAGAGUUUCAAUUGGGAAAUUUCUUCUUAAUCAUUAUGUUUAUCGUUAUCUAAGAUAUACAGUAUUCUAUGCUAUAAUUUUACUGAUCCAUAUUAAUCUUUCAUCAUAUUUUGGCCAAGGUGGUCCUGUUUAUCCGGUGAAUGGUAGUGAAACGUCAACAUGUCGACAAACAUGGUGGCGCAAUUUACUUUAUAUCAAUAACUUUUUUGAUAUGAAGACUGGUUGCAUGCCGAUAACCUGGUUUUUGGCAGUUUAUAUGCAAUUCCAUUGGAUUUCACCAUUGUAUUUACUUACUGUUUCAUGGAACUGGAUGUUUGGAAUGCUCGUAGCUGUUGCAUUUAUCCUAGUGGAUAUCGUAACAACAGCAGUGAUCGUAUCGAAAAAUAAUUAUGAUCAUGGAAUUUUCAGUGAGAUGUAUUCAACGAGAGCUAAUGGGUCUGAUACAACUCAUGAUUAUUCAAACGAUGUUUAUAUUAAACCAUGGUGCCGUAUUGCUCCAUAUGCUGUUGGUUUAAUAUUAGGUUAUGUUCUCUAUGAAAUAUAUAAACGUACAAAUGCAUUUUCAUGGGAUUCAUUAUUACCACAAACAAGGGUUACUCGAUUCAAUCGAGUAAAAUAUACCGUAGCUUGGCUAUGUGCUUUGACUCUUUUAGCACUGUGUAUUUUCGGUACAUACGGAGACUUUAAUGGACAUCCAUUAAAUCGAUCAGAACGUAUUGCAUUUCUUACUUUAUCAAGACUCGCGUGGGCUAUUGGACUCAGUAUAAUUAUUAUGAUUUGUUUCACUGGACAUGGAGGUAUCGUCGAUAAAUUUCUUGCUCAUCCGUUUUUUGAAUCAUUGGGAAAAUUAACUUAUGGUGCUUAUCUUUGGCAUUCAUUAGUUGUUUUCGUCAAUUAUUUAAGUCGUGACCAAGCGAUUCACUAUACAAUCACGAAUAUUUUAUGCGGCAGUAUUCUUCAUGUUACGAUCGCCUACAUGUUAUCAUUGUUCACUUUUCUCUUCGUUGAAUUACCAGUCAUACAAUUAUUAAAACUGGCCUUUAAACGUCCAACGUUUUAA